UGGAUUUGUUAGAUGAAUGUGAUUUUGUUUCCAAUGCAUUUUAUCUUUGAGAAGGAGAAAUUAAGCAUCAAUAUUUUACGAAACAGUGCUGUAACUACUGAAGAGAAAUUGUGUAUUGCCUUACGUUUUUUUGCUUCAGGAAGUCAUCAACAAAUAAUUGGUGAUUUCAAUCAAACUAUCCAGUCAUCAUGUUGCCGGGCUAUAAAUGAAGUAUCUAGAUGUAUAGCUGAAAUGAGGCCAAGAUUCAUUUACCUACCAAAUAAUGAAUCUGAGCGACUUGAGAUUAAAGACUUGCAAAGAUAUGGAAGAAAUAAGGAACAGCCUUUUCCUCCUGAAAAAAAAAAAAAAAGAAAGAAAGAAAAGCAACAAACAAAAAAAUCUUUUUCAUCUAUCUGGUGAUGAUUAUACAGGAUUGCU